AUGACUCUUAAAAAUUUUGGAAUGGGCAAAAGAAGUAUUGAAGAAAGGAUCCAGGAAGAAGCUCGAUGUCUGGUAGCAGAACUAAAAUCUUACAAAGGCAAAUCCAUAGACCCAACUAAGAUUUUGGCUAAGUGCGUUUCCAAUAUAAUCUGCUCCAUAGUCUUUGGAGAUCGAUUUGAAUAUGAUGACAAAGACUACAGUAUUCUCUUAAGUAUACUUAAUGUGUGGUCAAGAGAUAUGAGCAGCACCUUUGGGCAGCUACAGGUUCUUCUCCCCGGGUUAAUGAAGUAUAUUCCAGGACCUCAUAAACGGAUAUAUCAACAUAUGGCUCAUAUGCUGAACUUUGUCACACAAAGAGUGGAGAAGAACAAACAGACACUGGAUCAAGACUCACCCAGAGAUUUCAUAGACUGCUUCCUCAUCAAACACCAACAGGUAUCACCAACAAAACCACAGAACAGUAACAUGGUGAAUAUGUUAACGACAAUAUUUAAUCUGUUUAUUGCUGGGUCAGAAACUGUCAGUAUCACUCUACGACAUGGAUUCCUGGUGCUCCUGAAGUAUCCUGACAUACAAGCCAAAAUCCAGGAAGAAAUACACAAGGUAAUUGGUGAAAAUCGCUCCCCAAACAUGGAUGACCGAACUAAGAUGCCAUAUACUGAUGCUGUGAUCCAUGAGAUCCAGAGAUUCUGUGAUGUGUCUCCAAUGAGCCUUCCUCACGCAGUUACACGGGACACAGAGUUUAAAGGAUAUACUAUUCCAAAGGGUACAGAUGUCUACCCACUGUUGUGUUCUGUGCUGCGGGACCCCAAACAUUAUGCUACACCCCACAAAUUUAAUCCUGGACACUUCCUGGAUGAAAAUGGAUGUUUGAAGAAGAAUGAGGCAUUUAUGCCCUUUUCUGCAGGGAAACGGAUGUGUCUGGGAGAAAGUCUGGCUCGAAUGGAGUUGUUUAUUUUUCUCACUUCCGUAUUGCAGAGCUUCACAUUGUCCUCUGAGAUGACCUUCACAGAAGAAGACAUCAGCCCUAAAAUGAGUGGUUUUGGCUCCCAGCCCACUACAUACCAGCUCUCAUUCAACCAGCGCUAA